AUGUUCUUCUCCAAGAUCGUCCUCGGCCUCGCCUCCAUGGCCUCCAUGGCCGCCGCCAUCCCGGCCCCUGACGCCCUCCUCGACACCACCUCCUCCAUCGCUGCCCGCGACUUCACCAUCCGCGAUGACUCUUCCCUCGAGGCUCGCGGCAACUUCAAGUGCCCUACCGGCAUGUCCUACUGCCCCUGGACCCGUGCCUGCUCUUGCCCCCCUGGCCAGGCCUGGGACGGCAAGGCUCGCAAGUGCACCGGCAAGGUCAUCACCGGCUGCUGGCCUAAGCCUUCGCCUUCGGCCUUUGUCGAUGUCAAGGUGAAGCUCGGCGCCUACUGCGCUGCCUCUCCCUACAAGAUCGUCAAGUACGACGCCCACCACGCCUACUGCCAGGCCAGCCUCCUCAACGUCGUCUUCCUUGCUCCCCUCGAGAUUGACGCCGAGAUCUCUCUCCUCGGCGGCAAGCUCAUUGACAUCAACGCCCGCAUCAGCCUCGCCCUCAAGAACGUCUGCGGUGGUCUUGCCGGUCUCUACCUCGAGAAUGUCCUUGAUGCUGUUGCCCUCUUCAACACCAACAAGUACGGCUACGCUGUCCGCCCUGGUGAUGUUGUCGGUGGCCUCCUCUACGCUGUUGUCGACCUCCUGAGCGGCCUCACCUGCGCCCUCGGCCUCGGUGGCUGCAAGGUCUACGACUGUGUCUCCUACUGCACCAAGGGCUGCAAGAACUACAUUGACGUCAAGGGAACCAUCGGUGGCUACAUCAACGGCCUCAUCGGUUUCUGCCUCGUCAACGAUGUCAUCCUCAUCGUCAACAAGGUCGGCGCCAUCCUCACCGUCACCGUCAACAGCCUGCUGUGCAUUGUUGGCAGCCUCCUCCGCAGCCUCCUCGGCAUCUUCAGCUGCAACUGCUAA